AUGAUUCCUCUGACUAUAGAUGAAGGCAAGUUAAGGAAUAAACGCCUUAAGUCCGGCUCUGUGGAGGAGGAAGCUGACAGUCCAGGAGGGGAGUACUACCACUCACCUGCUUCUCCUGCCAGCAGCUCCAGGAACUGGCCCGAUGACUUGGAAGGAGGUUUAUCUCCCCCGGUGAAGAAGGCGGAGCUGGACAGCCCCUCCCCACAGGAGGGCUCACCAAGAAUGGGGUCCUUCACGCAGCACCACCGUCCAGUCAUAGCCGUGCACAGCGGCCUCUCUCGGUGUCCUCAUCCCUCCUCAUCCAUCCACUUUCCAUCUUCUUCCUACUUUGCCCACGGAGCGAUCCGCUACCCCCCCCACCUGACCCAGGACCCCCUGAAGGACCUGGUCUCCAUGGCCUGUGAUCCUGCAAACCAAUCCCCAAACUCUCUGAACGGCAGCACUCAGGUCAAAGUGCCCAGCCAUUAUAUCUCCUCCCAGAUGUUAGCUCCUCCUGGACCAGCAGCCUCCCUCCCCAGACCAGCAGCUCCCACAGAGUCUAAAGCUUCUACCUCCUCCUCUGAUGGGGGGGCCAACUCCCCUACAUCUCCCACAUACUCCGCGCCUGGGACCCCCCCUGCCAGUCGGUCUUCCUUCGUUGGAAUCAACCCUCGGGACCCGGGAGGACUUUACCAAACCCAGUCUUGGUAUCUUGGCAACUAAAGGAACGUUUGCAGAAAGCUGAUGAUCCUGACAUCAUCUCCGGGAGGAAAGGAAACAACCUGACCAAGACUUUACCAGAUGGAAAAUAUCUUCAGUUUGAUUAGAGAAUGACAGAAACAUCAAGAUAUGUGAAUCUAUCUUGAUCUUCAUAGCAGGAGACCCACCUGGAGGCAACGCCACGGAUGCUGCUCGGCCUCCAGCGCCGCCUGAAUGACCUCUGCUUUAUAAUACUGCAUAGUUACAAAGACAGCUUCUGGGGUUUUUUAUGACAGCUGUGGGUUGGUGUAGAUGUGUGAGCGGCUUCUGGAAGCAGGAAGACUUUGUACGGUCUGUGGUUCCUGAGAAGCUUUUAAACCAGCUGCAUCCCACGGAUGGACCCUGUUGUCCCAGGAUCUGUCAGCCUUUAUCCAGGCGGUCUGCUUUAAACCCCUCAUCCAUGCAGGUGCUGCUUUUGAUAUAUGCAAACAAGCCUCCAUUGGUUCCAGACUGGCUCGAAUGUUUCUAUGUGUGUUUGUUUGCACUUUAGCCAUUUUUGAGAUAAGCUGACUUUUUUUUUUUUUUUUAUCACCGACCCAAAGACAGAAGCUUUCUCUUUAUUUCAUCAAACUGAAACUAGCGAGUCGCUUUGCAAGAAGUUUGAAAACAGGGAGAGAAAUCAGAUUUCUCUCCUUGCCCCGACACAAGCACUUUCAUCUACAGAAGGGUGUAAAACACAAGCUGGAGAUGUUUGUUCCUGAAUCAGGCUAAAGCCAUGGUUCUGCUCCAUACUUCUGAUUAGUGCGUAGUAACCCCUGCUGCUCAGUAUGAGGUCUGUUAACGGAUCACUGCUCUGUCCUGAGGUGAUGUUUAGAGCAGAAAGCCUCAUACUGACCUUCCUCUUUCACAUCCAUUCAUAUUAUGGGAUGGCCAAGCCUGACCGGCCUGAGGAGAGCAGAGAGCUGCUUCUCUGGAGAAACUCCCCACAGGUUCUGGUUCUGUAGGUGUUGGCUCACCUUAGCCGACUGGCUUAUUGAAUAUAGAAGUAUCAUCAGCAUAUGAUGAGAUCCAGACAAUAAUCCCAGUUUGUCUUCAUACAAAAAAGACUCAAAUCCAUGUUCUGUUAAAACCCAAAUCAAAGCAAUAUUCUGAAUAUGCAACAAUAAGGCCUUUUUAAUGUGGGAACCUCCAUCACUUUGAUUGGUUGCUCUGAAAACCGAAGCAUGAAGAGACGCUGGUUCAGGACCGGCGGGAUCUGGACCCUCUCUGCGUCCCUAAGAAGAGACGCUAAUGGAAGCAUUAGCUUCAUGCACAUGCUUCUGCUCUAGAGGCGAAUCAAACGCUCGUCCAAUCAGAUCUCCUCCCCUUUGAUCCCGGCCUCCGCAGACGUUAGCUUUGCUCUGAAUGUUUUACUUCAUGGUCACCUUCUUGUGCUGGAUACCAAAAAUAUGAUUGGUCCACAUCAGAACCUGGGGCGUGUUGUACAUUCUACCCGUUACUGUUCUAGGCUGCAGCAGCGCGUCUAUGUCCACCUUAAGCAGCAAACUAACGAGUAUGUGACGUGGGUUCGAUUGCGCCGCAGCUCCUCUCAGGCCUUCACUUCCUCUGAGCUGCUUAAAGUGGAUUUUAUGUCUGAACCUGCAUGUUUUCUUAACUGCUCAUCAUUGAAGACAGUGAAGCGCUUUGUCCUUAGUAUAUGCAACCGCUGUUACCUAGCAACCCCAACCGGUUCCCCUCCCACACAGAAGUAGCCUUAAUUAACAGACUCCACUCCUCUAGUGGAUCCCUUCCUGCAUGUUUGAGAUGUUCUCCAGGUUCCACACAUGACUGCUUCAUUUCCAGAGGAACACUAAAUCAGCAGAGCUUGCUCAUGGACACGUGGAGAACAUCCAUCUGCAGGAUCACAGGCGCUACGGCGUUCAUGUAUCUUUUUUAGUGGGCGUGUUGUUGGUGACACAAAGACUGCUCUGUGAAUGUUAAGACGCCUGAAGGUUUGGCUCCGCCCAUUAAAAUGAGAAGACUGUUCUGGGUGGAAGAAGAAAGAGGAGGUUCUAAGCCAUGGAGGUAAUAAUCAGAAUCAACUAAUAAUGAUCAAACUAAAUCUUAGUGCACCUUGUAGCCAUUUUCUUUUAAUCUGGUUGAUUUGUAUAAAGAUGAUCUGCCUUCCUGCUGCAUCGGUUUUAUUCAUAUAUUCCUCCCACGGCUAUUGUUGCUUUCCUCCAGCCUGCCAACGAUGACGAUGGUCUGCAUGCGCUGAGAGAAAAUGAUCUGCAGACUGAAGGCACAGAAAACGCCGCCAUGCCCUCUGCAGUCAGCAGAGGGAGCUAAAGAGCUCAUGGUGAUACAGGGAGGCGAGGUGGAAACUAAAGAACAGUUCAGUUAUUUAUCGUGUCCUUGGAUCACGGCAGGUUGUCUGGUUCAGAUCCUUACGAUCAUCAAGAUCAAUAAUAUGGUCGUUAUUACGAUGACUGUCUCCCAUUGGCUGGACUGGGACUGAAUGACUGGUUUGUCCUAAAUUGACCGACAGUUUCUCCUCCUGGAUCAGUUUCCAGGAAUCAGACUAAAGGUUACAACAUCUCUGGAACCCGUCUCCAUGGAGACAUGGAUGCACAGUACCAACCGGACCCAGACCCACUCAGACUGCUGGUUGAUGCACGGUACCAACCGGACCCAGACCCACUCAGACUGCUGGUUGAUGC